AAAAAAAGAAAACGCGUGUUUGUCUCCGGACCUGGCAACCCUGAAAACGCGUGUUUCUCUCCGGACCUGGCAACCCGCGCCCCGCUCAGACGUCACGACGCAGACCAUGAUGGCGGACGAGGAGCAGCAGCAGCCGACGACCAACACGGUGGAGGAGCCGCUGGAUCUGAUCAGACUCAGUCUGGAUGAGAGGAUCUACGUGAAGAUGAGGAACGACCGGGAGCUCCGGGGUCGACUGCAUGCCUACGAUCAGCACCUGAACAUGAUCCUGGGGGACGUGGAGGAGACGGUGACAACGGUGGAGAUUGACGAGGAGACGUAUGAAGAACUUUAUAAGUCGACCAAGAGGAACAUCCCCAUGCUGUUUGUGAGAGGAGACGGCGUCGUCCUCGUAGCUCCGCCCCUCAGGGUGGGCUAACCCCGGGACCACUUCCUGCUGGGGGGAGGGUGGCGCGUGCUGUCAUGACGGGCUGAAACAGCCCCCCGCCCCCAGGGCAGACUCUCCUGUCAACACCGUCCUCUUCAACACUCAGACGCUGCUCAGACUCACAGCUCAUCUUCCCUCUGUCGGCUGCUGGGAGAUACAACCUGUUUAGACUGGAGGACAGAACGAGGACCUCUGUUUGGGACGGAGACGGCCUGUUUGGGACGGAGACGGCCUGUUUGGGACGGAGACGGCCUGUUUGCUUUUUAUUUGGGCAAAUUGUUGUUUAAUGUAUUUUGGGUGAUUUCAGGCCGCCAUUUGAGUUUCAUUUGUCAACAUGUUUCAUUUGAUGUUGCUCAGUAGAGUUAAUAAAUCAAUAAAUCUCCUCCGUUAAGCCUUCAAAA